CGCCGCAGCGCCACCAGCAGCAUGUCUCGAAGGAAGAUUUCGUCCGAGUCCUUCAGCUCCCUGGGCUCCGACUACCUGGAGACCAGCCCGGAGGAGGAGGCGGAGUGCCCCUUGUCCAGGCUCUGCUGGAACGGCGGCCGGAGCCCGCCCGGGCAUCCUCUGCCCAGCGCGGCGGCCCCCGCCGCCUCUGCCGCCGCCGCCGCCGCCGCCGCCACGGCGGGAGCCAGGAGGGCGCAGCGCCGGAGGCGGGUCAACCUGGACUCGCUGGGCGAGAGUAUCAGCCGGCUGACGGCGCCCUCGCCCGAGAUGAUACAGCACACUCUCAAGAGGACAUUGCAGUAUUAUGAGCACCAAAUUACUGGUUACAGGGAUGCAGAAAAGAAUUUCUACAAUAUCUCUAACCGAUGCUCCUACGCAGACCAUUCCAACAAAGAAGACUCUGAAGAGGUCUCAGGCAUUCUGCAGUGCACUGCUAAUGUACUCGGUUUGAAGUUUGAGGAAGUUCAAGAAAGAUUUGGUGAGGAGUUCUUUAAUAUAUGCUUUGAUGAGAAUGAGAGAGUCCUUCGAGCUGUAGGUGGCACGUUGCAGGACUUUUUUAAUGGCUUUGAUGCUUUGUUGGAACACAUUAGAACUUCUUUUGGAAAACAGGCCACCCUGGAGUCACCAUCAUUCCUAUGCAAAGAGCUCUCCGAAGGUACCCUCAUGCUCCACUACUUCCACCCUCACCGUAUCGUGGGAUUUGCAAUGCUUGGGAUGAUUAAGGCUGCAGGAAAGAAGAUCUAUCGGCUGGAUGUAGAAGUGGACCAGGUUGCAAAUGAGAAACUGUGCUCCGAUGGUUCAAACCCAGGCAACUGUAGCUGUCUUACCUUCCUCAUCAAGCAACGUGAAAACACCAACAUCACGAAGAACCUUCCACAGGGAACCUCCCGGGUUCCCGCGGACCUCAGAAUCAGCAUCAGCACCUUCUGCAGAGCCUUCCCUUUCCACCUGAUGGUUGACCCUCACAUGGCAGUCCUUCAGCUGGGGGAAGGCCUGAGGAAGCAGCUGCGAUGUGACACUCACAAAGUGCUCAAGUUCGAGGACUGCUUCGAGAUUGUUUCUCCAAAGGUUAACGCCACCUUCGAAAGGGUCCUGCUGCGGCUGUCCACCCCAUUUGUGAUUAGGACCAAGCCUGAGGCUUCCAGCACUGAGAAUAAAGACAAGGUGAUGGAAGUCAAAGGACAAAUGAUCCAUGUCCCAGAAUCAAAUUCCAUUUUAUUCUUGGGCUCUCCAUGUGUGGACAAGCUGGAUGAACUUAUGGGACGAGGGCUGCACCUCUCAGACAUUCCAAUCCAUGAUGCUACCCGAGAUGUCAUUUUGGUUGGCGAGCAGGCAAAGGCCCAAGAUGGCUUGAAGAAGAGGAUGGAUAAAUUAAAAGCAACUUUAGAAAGAACUCACCAGGCCCUGGAAGAAGAGAAAAAAAAAACAGUGGAUCUUCUAUAUUCUAUCUUCCCUGGUGAUGUAGCCCAGCAGUUGUGGCAAGGGCAGCAAGUGCAGGCCAGAAAGUUUGAUGAUGUCACCAUGCUCUUUUCAGACAUUGUUGGCUUCACAGCCAUAUGUGCCCAGUGUACCCCUAUGCAAGUGAUCAGCAUGCUGAAUGAACUGUACACAAGAUUUGACCACCAGUGUGGAUUUUUGGAUAUUUAUAAGGUGGAAACAAUAGGUGAUGCGUACUGUGUUGCUGCAGGGCUCCACAGAAAAAGCCUCUGCCAUGCUAAACCCAUUGCUCUGAUGGCCCUGAAGAUGAUGGAACUUUCAGAAGAGGUGCUGACACCUGAUGGAAAACCAAUUCAGAUGAGGAUAGGCAUUCACUCAGGCUCUGUGCUGGCUGGAGUUGUUGGAGUAAGAAUGCCACGAUACUGCCUGUUUGGAAAUAACGUCACUCUGGCAAGCAAAUUUGAAUCAGGAAGUCACCCUCGGCGCAUCAAUGUCAGCCCAACAACUUACCAAUUAUUAAAAAGAGAAGAAAGUUUUGCAUUUAUUCCUCGGUCCCGUGAGGAGCUUCCAGAGAACUUUCCAAAGGAAAUCCCUGGGAUCUGCUAUUUCCUGGAGGUAAGAACUGGUCCUAAGCAGCUAAAGCCUUCUCUUUCUUCGUCACGAAUAAAAAAGGUUUCCUACAACAUCGGUACCAUGUUCCUCCGGGAGACGAGCCUCUGAGACCGGCUGCAGAUCAAAGACUCCUCCAAAAAGCACAAGCCCAGCACAUGAGUCACGACAGGAGAAUUAACGAGACUGUUUCUUUCUCGCUGCUUUGUUGAGAGCACGCAGUGGAAUUUCUGUUCUGUCAGGCAAUAAUCUUAGAAAAUGGUGGGUGAUGACUGUCAAUUAAAAAACUGGAGGGCAGUGGGGAAAUAAGACGUGUCGGUUCUCGUGAGUGUUUUUGAUCAUAUACAUACGUAUAUAUUAAUUAAUUACAAGUGUGGGCCCCCUUUCAAAACUAACCAAUAAAUAGACUCCAUGUUUUCUUGUUGGUCACACACACAGAUAUCUUUCUCUCUAUAUUUGUAUCCUUCUGAGAGCAGUUUUCAUGAUGUAGUCCUACAUUUAGCGAGUUGGUAUGAGAGAGUAUUUUCUAAUUUUGUUUUUCGAGCAGACAUUUCAUACACAUCUCACGGCAGUGUGGUCACCUUUCCAGCAAGAAAAGCUGUAACUCAGCAGAAUAUUUUAGGGAUAUUGCUAUUUUUAUACAUAUCUCUUCUUCUAGAUAAUUACAUCUCACACAGCAUUGUUAGAUUUUCAGAAUCUGCUACUGUAUAGUUGAUGUAUUAUGUGGCUCUAACCUAUUAGUUGAAUAUAGUUUCACUUAUUUAGAGAGAUUAGUGCUUGGACUGAAAAUACAUAUAACCUAGGACUUCAGAUGCUGAGAAAGCAUCGUAUAUCUGUUUAGUAGAUGUAUCUUUUAGAUUUGAUUAAUGUAGCAGAGAAUCCAGAGGAAAUGGAAUUUCCUAAUAGCAAAUGUGUGUAUCUGUAACCGAGAUCAAAGAAAGGUCUUUUUGCCAUCUUCUAACAAGUAUCCGUGAAAAUAAAAUGCUUUGCUACGUUGGACCCUUUUCAACUUAACACUUCUAAAUACAGGUAGUUUUUACAACGUACUAAACUGCAUUCUAAUAAACGACAUCUUACUAAAUGGCACAUUAGUCCACCCCUCACCCCCACCUUCCUCAGUGGAUGCCUCCUAGGGCCUGACUGCCACUCUUGGGGGCAAAUUCCUAGAUCCUGGCGUUAGUGAGAAAAAGGUAUAGGGUAUUUUGCCAAGAAUGUUGUUUCCUCUCACAUAAUAAAAACAAGGGGGAAAAACUGUAUAUUAUGGCUUUGAGAUUUAAAAAAAGUUCUGCAGUUUGUUUGGUGUGACUUCUAAAUUCAGUGAAUCACCUUCAACAACCCUGAAUUAUGUCUGACCUUCAGACCGAGUGGUCAGCAUAGUCACAGACAGACAUCCAUCCCGUGUUCUGCUAAAAGGAAGACCUGUUCGCAUUAAUUAACAGUGCAUGAAAAUAUUAUUACAGACUCACUCUGAAAUUAGGAACACAGUAUAUCCCGAGUUUUCCUAUUUUGCGUCAAAUAUAAAACCUAAGUUUCUCUUGAGGUUUAUGAGCUAGAAUCAUUUGUUUCCUUAAAACCUGGGGGUGGCCAUUUUCCUGCUCCAGUAGGCAUACUCCUUGGUAGCAUCUAUUUCCUUUUCUGCUUGGGGGUUUUGGCUGCAUUAUUUUUCGGUUAUGAUAUAACUUGGCUAAGGAGCAUACUAACUAUUGUCCAAUGUAGUGUGUGAAAAUUAGUGUUUUUAAGUUCUCUUAAGUGUGUAGCUAGAAAAUAUUUUUAGAUAUGCAAAUUAUGUUAUAAAAAUGAUCAGUUUUACAAUUACUGAACUAUGUUCUCUCUCUGGGGCUUAAGAAGACACUAGUGCAACAUCUCAUGUGGAGACGGGACCUAGACUCUGAGCUCUCUGAAUCGUUGCCCGUCCCUCCCUUCCCUGGGUCCAAGUCUUUGUGUUUAACCACCUGUGGGCAAGAAGGCCAGGGUGUUUACCCAAGGCGAGGUAGGCUGAGGACAAGAUGCUCUCAUAGGAAUAAUUACUCACAAAAGAAUUUCUUUAAGGGAUUGAGAGAUUAAUUUACUUCCUUCACAGGGAAUAAAGGGCAAGUUUACAGUCAGUAUGGAUAGAACAGGACGUGGGAGCAAUUCAGUCUUCCUGCUGAGAAUAGGAAAUAGCCUCCCUAUGCUGAUGGCCUUCUUAGAGCGCGGGAGCAUGAAGACAGAACCCAACUCACUGAAGUCAUUUAUGCUUAUUCUGCAUAGCACCGUAAAGCAUAUUAUGAUACAGUAAAUCAUGAAUGUUUUGUUGGUCAACAAUGUGUUUUGUAACCAUAAGUCUGAAAGGGACUUCCAGGAAUCAAUCCAAUCUAUUACUCUGCUUUUUGUAAAGAUUUGUCUAAGCAACUAUUCUAAACAUAUGGUUAUUCUCUCUAUACUAAAAAAAAAUCUGUGGGAAGCAUAUUUUUAAAAGCAUCCUUGAAAAUCCACUUCAUUUUCUAGUAUGGUAGUAGGGCCUGGGAUAAGCAUUGUAUAUACAUUCACUUUGUCAGAAGAAUGACAAGCUCUUUCUUAGUUUAUAUGAUUUUACUUAGAGAAGAGUAGCCAUUUACAUUGUCACAAAUGUCUCCAUGAAGAAUAUGCCAGAAAUCUACAAAAUAUCAUAGGAUGUAAACUGCAUUUUUCAGACAAUAUAAUCUAAAUGUAUCUUUGAAGCUAUAGUCUGAGGCAAUGGUCUGAUCUAUUACCAUUUUUGCAAACCUGGUACUGUUGACUAUUACAGCUACACUAUUCCUGUAUGUAUUUGCAAGAUAUUGUAUAAAAUGUCAGUUCAUUCUGGCUGCAGUCAUAGAGUUUAGAAGCUGUGAAAAAUAUUGCACUUUUAUUUGUCCAAUAGAAUACAGUACAUAUAUCCCCCAAUAGGAACUGUGAUUGUCAUAAUGUGCGGCAGUUUUCAUUUGAAUUUAUCUGUACACUAUUUUCACAAACGGGUACAUACAGCAUGCAUUUCUAUGUGGCAGAUUAAAAGGAAUUUAAAUGGAUAUCCCUGUAGAAACUGAGCAGUGCUAAGUCGGGGAAAUGGCUUUAACCUACUCUAAAAGGGAUACUUUAAGACACAAGUUGGCACCUGGAUCUCCUGUGUUUAAGUAUUCCUUCAAGCAGCUGAUUUCAAGAAGCUACCUUAUGACUAGCCGUCAGUACCAAAGCUUCCUACUGGCAUCAGUAUCAUUUUGAUGGAGAGAAUGUCAUUGUUUACAAAUAAAUCUGUUAUCUAACAAAAUCAGAACCCCCCCCGUGUACCCAAACUGUAGCGCACAGUAUGUGCUUUGUGAACCUUAAUAAAUGCGUAACAUUAGCCAUAACAAAAAGAAUAAUACUGAAUGCCUGAGGAACAUAUGUAAUUGAGUCUCUUGGCUGCAUAGUGUUGGCUGGAGAAGGGAAAGAAGAGACAGCUUUUGGGUAACAGUUUGGUCCAACUGUCUAAAAUCUGCCUCAAAAUAUUAAUCUCUUCUCUUAUAUUUCAUUAUUUUUGGUUUCCCUUUUAAUAUUUGAAUAUGUGUGGAAUCCAGUCAGCUACGUAUGACCCAUUGUGAGUCCGAGACAGGCACCAAUGCCUGAGAUAUGGAGAUUGGGCCUGUAGACUCAUCACUUCAGAUGUGAACUUUGUCAUCUCAAAGUUCUUGUCCAGUGACAAUAGUACCAGAAGCAUGAUAUUUUGUUGUGGAAGUGCAAAACUGUGCGUCUCUCCGGGAAAAACAGCAAAACAGGACAACAGCUCAAAAAAAAAAUCUCAUUCCCAAGUGCAGGGAGACUUUUAAUUUGGCAAAUUCCUUCAAAGAGUUACAGCAAUAAAGCAAAAUUAAAUUGAGAGAUAGAAAAGGCAGAGUCACAGAGAAUUUGGAAAAUGCCAGGCUGUGUUUUCCUCCAGAAUCAUAUUGCUACCAGUUGAAAUGGUAUAUGUGAGGUUUUGAGGUAUGAAAAGGGAGCUCAAGAUUAUGACCAUCAUUAAAUGUAUUUAUUGAAGGCUCCUUGGGUUCCUUAGUUGCUGAGGGCAGGUUUGUGGAUCAUCAGAGCAGAGCGUAAAACUUCUGCAUGUAGGUUUCUGUCCUGUCUUGCAUUUUAAGCACAACUUAACCCACACCCAGACCCUCUCUUACUGGAAACCAUCUCACCCUGUCAAGCUUGGCUCCAUCGAGCAUUCUCCUUUCUGUACCUCUGAGCCUAACAUGACCAUAGAAGGAGUUGCUGAUGCCAAUUUCAAGCAGACUGAAAGACCCACACAACUGCAGACCCAAGUGACAAUCCACUUCCGAAAUGAACUAACCAUCCUCAUUUGUGCUGGGGCACUGCUUACACCUGCAGCUUUUCCGCCUCCUCUCUUCAAGAUACGAUCUGACGCCAAGCACUUGGAGCAACUUCCCUAAAUGUUCUUCAGAAGGCGUCACACAUGGCUCUGAACGGGCUCUGGGUGGCACCAGAUGACUUUCAGCCAACAAUACCCAGAAACUCAAGUCCAAGAACCAAGCCCCAUAUUGUAGCCUGGGUAUUUCUAUUAUUAGCUUAUAGAUCUUCAGCUAUAAAAAUUAUGUCAUUUUAGAGGAUUCCACAAGUGUAUCUUACUAGAUACAGCCUAAAAAACACGAUGCACAAGAGACUGAGUUAUUAAAGUUUAACGUAUUAUGGUCCAAAUGGUGAUUCUUUAUGGGUAGCUCUUGAUAUGAAUACACAUAAUUUGCAACCAGCUGAUGUAGCAUACACAUAAAUUGUGUUAACAUGAUGGAAUGGAUUUUAUUGUUAAAUAGAUAAAUUGGCCCCAGCUGUGGACUCAACUUUAGGAGCCUCAUGGUGGUGAAUGAGGAAGACACUGAUUUUAUCCAUAAAUUAGCAUAAAUCUUGUCAAAGCAUUUUAAAAUAGUGUGCAAAAUUCCUUCCUCACACUUGAUUCAAACAAUUGAAACCUAAAUAUUAUUUUCUUGCCACCUUUCUGUUUCCUUCCUUCCUUCGUUUCUUCUUUCCUUAUUUCUUCCUUUCAUAAAAAAGUCAUUGACAGACAUCACACAGAAUCACAGUGUAAUCACGUAUAUAAUACGUAAUCAUGAUUACAUACGUUAUGGAAUAGUUUUAGUUUUAUUAAGCAGUGAAUGUUCUCUGUGUGUGUUGAAUGUACAUAUUACAUGAUCAAAAGGGGUGACAUUUUAGAAGGGCUUCAGAUGUAAAGAAGUCAAGUUUGUGUCUUUAAUUCUAUUGUGUUGUGACCAGACCACAGCUUCAGUCAAGUGUCCCAGUGCCAAUCCCAUCCUUAUUAAGAAACGAUACUGUUCAAGGGUUCAACUCAUCAGCUUGGCGGUGUCUGGCUGCCUGGAUCAGAAUUACCUAGGAAGUGUUUAGGGAUACAAAUUAUUGGGCUUUACCUUCAGAGGCUGGGAUUCACGAGGUCUCAGGUGGGAGCCUGGGAAUCUAUAUUUUGAAAGUCACUCUAGGUAAAUGCUGAUAUACAGCCAGAUUUGGGAAUCAUUGGAUAAUGUUCAAAUAAUCCCAGCUAGUGGGAAUAAACAUAAGUUGACUGAGACAGAAAUAUAUUGCUUCGUUGGUAGUUAUUUUGGAAAGCUAAAUACUCCAAGCCUUGUAGCAUUAUUUUGAUCACAAAUUUGAAUUUUAGCUUUGGUUUCAAAUUUGUGGUCUGUAUUUUGAGCGUAAGUCUUCAAACUCGUUAGAGACAAAAGUCAACACUGAUAAGCAUGAGGGAUGAAUAUUGCUCACUAUAGGGCUGUUAGGCAUACUAGCUACAGUGUAAUUUUCUCAGUUACUGCCAGAGCUGGGCAGUACUGGUCCUCACCACCGAGACAGAAACUAUGAACUUUUGGACAGAGAAGCAAAUGUCAAAGUGACAGCAUUAUUUCUGAAUGCUUUGGGUUUUACUUUAUAAAAAAUCACCAACUUGAUAGUCUCACUGUGUACUUCUCACAUCGAAUUGUACAUUCAUCUAGAAAUGAUUUCCUAGCAAUAUCUUAUAACAACUUUUCAAGCAAUAAUCUAAGCCAUGUCACUUGAUGAUGCCAUACGAAACUUGCACUUCUGUGCACUUCAUAGAACCCUUAGGGAACUAGAGACAUGUUCUGUAUAAGCAAUAAUAUAGCUGGUGUGGACUUUUAAAGUAUAUUCACCAUUCUGCUACAGCAAACUAAGCAGCAAAUGAUGACUUAGAUAAAAAUUAUCUAAGUAACAUACUUAAUCUCUCUUUCAAGUUAUUCAUUUGCACCCAUGCUAUAAUUAACAUACUCUGAACAGAUUGUUUCUGUUGUAUAAUUAAUAAUACCUAUCAUGAUAUGAUUUCCAUUCCUCUCAAAAGAUUUGUAUGUGUAUGUAAUAUUGCCCUGAUUUUCAGAUCUUUGUAGAAUAUAGUAAAUAAGAGUGUUUAAGGAUGGAUAAAUGAGUAAAAGUAUAGUAUAGGUCGGAUGUGUUGAUUGGGAAUGUAGGCUUUGCAAAAAUAUAGAUGCAAUUUAGGAAAAGUUAAAUAAUUCAACUUUUGAUAAGGUCUGAGGAGAUGAAAGAUUAAAGAUAAAAAAGAGCUAUCUAUUAUCACUGUUUUUCUGUGAUGACAGAUGUUUAGUAUGUACAAUAAUAUUUUGGCUUUCAGAAUGUGAUUGGUUGAAAUUCAUGUGUAGUAUAAUUAAUAAAGAUCUGAAAAUGAUUAUGCAGUCAUAUUUAAAAUAACCUGUCCUCAGCUAUUUUGAUGAUUGCAUUGAAGCUUGCAGGUUUCAAAAUGAGUAAUUUGGAUUUUUAGUUUUCUGAAAACAUAAUUUUAAUCAAAUGUGACACAGUCAAUAAUAAUCAGUCCUUUAAAAUAAUUAAGUUACUCCUCCACCUAGAAUUAUGUAUUAGAAUUACAGUUAAAAGUUACUGAUAAAUUUAUGAUACACUGAGGAACUUCUAAUCACCCAAUUAUUAUUUAGCAAAAUCAUAUAUAGCUAAGGAUCCAUUCCUAAGCCUCUAAAUAAGAUUACAGCUCCUAUUACUGCCUCGCUCGAUAAACUCCCUCCUAAUCAUGAAUCUGAAUGCAGUUGAAGUUGUGAGUGGGUUUGCUAGCACUUUACCUCCUAUUACCAAUAGCAAACCUUAAGUUAGCAUCCUCCUGCUCCCAAUUUAUACAAUUCCCUUAUGAGUCACUGAGAAUGUUUUUCCCCCACAAGAAGGCAUUUGACAAUCAUCUUUUUGUAUAUCAUUGGAUGCUCAACCCUUAAUAAACAUGAUUUUGAUAAUAAAUGAUAAAAAUAAUUAAUUUGAAUCCAUUAAAUUACAGUGAAUUUAUUUUCUCCAUUAGUUCAUCUAGUCACUGAUCAGACCAUUCUUAAUAUUAGAAAGUAAUACUGUUUAUUAUUUGAAAGCAGAAGAGACAAGAAAAACUAAAUGGAGAGCCUAAGUAAUGGCUGGUUUCUAGUUCUUCUGAGACAUAUUUUUAAAAAUAAAGGAAUCAGUUUAUAUUUAAUCUUCCUCUGUGGCCUUUUUACUAGUUGGAGAUGAAGAAGAGAUUCUACUAAGUGUAUUUUUACUGUGGGCUAUUAAGUGUAAUUAAAUGUAAGUAGAACAGUAAGUAAUGUAUUAACUGGAGUAAAAUCAGAAAUGUGCAAAAUUGCUUCUUCUCACCACCUCCCUUUUUAAAGAGCGUCCUUCCCAUUCUGCUGCCUGGCAGUGACACAUCAGACUCAGGGCACGGGGGACAGAUGCAGGGGGUGGGACGGACAGGGGCUCUAGAUGAGAUUGAGCAAAGAGAUUUGAUUUUUUUUCUUCAUCAAGGUUUACAUACUCCUAAAGGGGAGGCAGUCUUCAUAAUACACACGUGUGGUUUAGUGGAAGACAAAUGAUUUAUUUGGUCAUUCGUAUUUGAAAAAGAAAAGAGAAAAAAAUCCCUCACAAGCUAUUUUCAGUUUUCUUGGGAAGCAGCGGGCAGCCUCUCAGCAGGGGCACACAUCAGUGACACUGGGAUUAGAAACCCACAGAGCUAUAUAUAGAAACUCUCUGAAGGUGGCAGAUAAAAGUAGUCUUGGUUACAGUGAUGAAAGUAAAUGCAAGUGUUAGAACAUCUGGACUGAAGGAACAAAGAAAGCCAAAUACCAGCUCUGCCAUAUGUCACAGAAAAGCCUGCUAAAAUUAGCACACACCAACAGACCAUGGGUGUUCAAGUGAUAUUAAAACAAAACAUUUUUUUCCUUUUAUAACAUGCCUGGCUGAGCUAACAUUCAAUGAGAAGAAUACAGUUUGAUUUUACAUAUUCUUUUUUGUUCUGACAUUAUAAAAUCAUCUUUCCUGAGUUGGGAAAUUAAUCACAAAGAAUGAAAAAAUGCCCUGUGUCCUAAAACCUGUAAACUCAUUCCUUGGACUACACUGUAUUCCAUAUUCUUCACAUUGCUCUCAAAUUGCUGGCAAAACAAGCACUCAACUUUAGAGCAGACAAAAGCCCUAUGACCCCAGGCCAAGCUCAGGGGUGCUCCAGACAGUUGGAGAUGGGGAGGCAUCCCACAGCAUCUGAUGGGAGGGUUGGUGAAGAUACACUCCCAGUCUUUUAAAAUUCAGUGGUUAAGUAGUCUCUAAUCAUCACUCAAAGAUGUUUCAUGUACAUGUAGCUAGUUAAUUCAAACAAAGUUUGUUUAGAACAGAAAUUUUAAAAGAAGGCAACAAACCUGAACAAUUUUUUAAGAAUUUUUUUUUUUAAUGGAAGUUUAGUCAGUUUACAAUGUUGUGUCAAUUUCUGGUGUAUAACAUAAUAUUUUAGUCAUAUACAAUCAUACGUAUAUUCCUUUCCAUAUUUUUUCAUUAUAGUUACUAGAGGAUAUUGAAUAUAUUUCCCUGUGCUGUACAGUAUAAACUUGCUGUUUAUUUUAUAUAUAAUAGUUAGUAUCUGCAAAUCUCAAACUCUCAAUUUAUCCCUUUCCACCCCCUUUGCUCCCUGGUAAUCACAAGUUUCUUUCCUAUGUCUGUGACUCUGUUUCUGUUUUGUAAGUAAGUUCAUUUGUUUCUUCUUCUUUUUUUUUUUUUAAGGUGCCACGUAUAAGUGAUGUCAUAUGGUAUUUUCUGUCUUUAUGGCUUAUUUCAUUCAGUAUGCAAUUUUUAAUCGGAAUUAUCAGUUAGAAAAAUAAUUUAGGACAAAGAUUUGCUGUCUUGAAA